AUGGCCUCCCGUGUCCUUGUCUCUGGUCUCCCUCGGUCUCCCCCUCCCCUACCUCCGGGGCCUGGCCCUACCUGCGUUCCCUGUGUCAAGGGGCGGCAGCGGGCUGCCCCUCACUCCUCGGAGUUUCCUUUGACAGAGGCCCCGCUGCAGACGCUUCACAUGGACGUGUGGGGCCCGGCCCGCGUCCGUAGACAGGGUCACGAGCGCUACUUCCUACUGGUGGUUGUCGACUACUUGCGUUACACCACACUCUUCCCCUUGCGCAGCAAGGGUAAUGUCACUGAGGUAGGAGGAAAGUUCUCCUCUCGCCUUCUGCAAGCCUACUGUCGUGCACGAGGCAUCCGCCAAACCUUCACGCUUUCGGACUCACCACAGAUAAAUGGGAUUGCUGAGCGCCGCAUUGGCAUAGUCAUGGACGUCGCCCGUACGUCCAUGAUGCAUGCGGCUGCCCCCCAUUUUCUGUGGUCGUUUGCGGUUCCGUACGCAGCGUAUCAGAUCAACCUUCACCCCAGGGUCUCCAUGCCGGAGACCUCCCCAGCUUUGCUGUGGACGGGGAAGGUUGGCGAUGCGUCUGCGUUCCGUGUCUGGGGAUCUCGGGCGUUUGUCCACGACUUAUCUGCGGACAAGCUGUCCCCUCGUGCUGCUCCUUGCGUCUUCCUUGGCUUACCCCCUGACGCACCACGGUGGCAGUUCUACCACCCCACCUCUCGCCGUGUUCUGUCCUCCCAGGAUGUCACGUUUAACGAGUCGGUCCCCUACUACCGCCUCUUCCCCUACCGCACUCCGUUGUUUCCCCCACCACCGCUCUUCCUUACGCAGUCGAGCUUGUCGAGGUUUACUGGUGACUCUGGUGCUGAGCAGGUGGGUGCUACGCGUGGGGGUACUGAGCCUCCGGGUACUACUGCUGGGGGUGCUGAGCCUGGGGGUGCUGAGACUGGGGGUGGUGAGCCUGGAGGUGCUGAGCCUGGGGGUACUACGCCUGGGGGUGCUGAGCCUGGAGGUGCUGAGCCUGGGGGUGCUAUGUCUGAAGGUGCUGAGUGUGGGGGUGCCACGUUUGCAGGUGCUGAGCCUGGGGGUGAGGAGCCUGCGGGGGCUGGGCCUGGAGGUUCUCCGGGUGCUUUGUCUUGGCGGGGGCCACUCUCUCCACAGGAGCUGCGCGAGUGGUUUACCCGGCGCUGGAGGCGUGCUGCUAGAGCUGGAGUUUCUUCGGCUGCUGAGGUGCUGGUGCCACGGGUGCCAGAGGUGCUCGUACUGGGAGUGCUGGAGCUGCUGGGCCUGUGGGUGCAACUGGAGCUGGAGCUCCUGAGGGUGUUGGCGCUGAGGCUCCUACUGUUGGUCCUGGAGGCGGUCCUACUGGGGUUGCUACUGGUGCUGCUGGACGUACUUGAGCUGGAGGUGCUGUUGGCGCUGGUGCUGCUGUUGGCGCUGGUGCUGCUGCUGGGGGUACUGCGUCGUGAGCCUGCGUCUUGCCCUGCGUCGCGUGUCCGUGCUGCUCGCACUAGUGGUCGCGGUUCGCGUCACCAUCCUCCUCCUGUCCCUGGCACGCACCGGAUGUCUCUGCGUCCGUCCACUGCUCCUCUGCGUGUUCCCUUGCCUUCUCCUCCUCAGUCCUCUCUUCCUGCUCUUGCCGACCCGGAGUCGGACUCUCUUUGUGCUGCCAGUCCUACUGUCACGCGUCUCCUUGCUACUGUCGUCACUGACCCUUCCUUUGAGUCCACUGCUGCGUCUGCCCUCGUUGCUGAGCUAGUCGACUUUGCUGCUCGCUGUCGUCUCGACUACGCUGCUAGUCUUUUUGCUGAGUCUGCGUCUGUCUAUCCUCCGUCCGUCGAGGACCCGGAUGCGCUUGACAUCCCGACUUCGCGCUCUUACGCGGAGGUGAUAGAGGGUCCCUACUCCUCUAAGUGGCAAGCAGCUAUGGACGCAGAGAUGGCUUCCUGGAAGUCCACAGGCACCUACGUUGACGAGGUUCCCCCACCUUGGGCGAACAUCGUCAAUGGCAUGUGGAUUUUCAGGGUGAAGCGGCCGCCAGGCUCUUCACCUGUCUUCAAGGCGCGGUACGUGGCUCGUGGCUUCAGUCAGCGGCAGGGAGUUGACUACUGUCAUACCUUCUCUCCCACCCCGAAGAUGACCACUCUUCGGGUGCUACUACACAUAGCCGCUCAGCGGGACUACAAGCUUCACUCUCUUGACUUCAGCACUGCUUUCUUGCAGGGUAGCCUCUACGAGGAGAUCUGGCUGCGCCGCCCACUUGGCUUCACAGGGACUUUUCCUCCUGGCACCCAGUGGAGCCUCCAAUGGCCACUCUACUGUCUCCGCUAG